AUGUCCCUCUUUGUCGACUCAUCUCAGGAGAAUGGAGGCGAUGAUACAGCUCUACCCUCACAACAUACAGAUCCUCAGCUGUCUCCUCAACGUCGUAAUUUGAGCACAUGGAAACCCAAACCAGAAGCCCAUUUCAGUGCAUCAACAAAUCAAAUUGGUCAUCUUUCAGACGUGUUUCAGAGUCUAAUAGCCGUCAACAGUCAGGCUAUUAUAACAAUACGGUCUGGUGGGAUCACUAUAUACUCGACUUAUAACUACACCAUCAAUGUGCAUGUCAAUAUUGACCCUGCAUUAUUUAGCCUGUACGAGUUGACAACAGCCACAUCCAUAGAUCAGCACAGUCUUUCCGACAAGGAGGGUGCAGAAGAGGAGGAGCUAGGGCUACGACUAGGAGUGGACAUCAAUCUUAUUGCCAAUUGCUUUACUUCGGUUUUAAAUACCAUGAAAUCCGAAAAAUCAAUAUCGUGUACCAUCACAUACAAGGGAGACGGGCAUUCGUUAGUUAUCGAGUUUGAUGACACUUUGAUUACCGAGAGAUUAGAUUUCUACACUUUUUACAUAGACGAGGAGGAGUUGUUAGAAAAUGAGCAACUACAAGGAGGUCCUGGUUCAAGAAUCAAUUACGAAAACGUCAUUUUAGAAAUUAUGCUCAAGAGUGAUGUCUUGACAAACUUGUUACAAGACUUGUACCAAAUAGACACAGAAAUCUUGUUUAUUUAUUCUGCUGAAGGAGUAUUGAAUUUCAUAAGUAAAGGAGCCAUUGGUAUGUCGAAGCUAAUGUUUCCUAAUGAAAAGUCAGUAAUGGAGAAGUUACAUAUUGAUCAAUCUCAUCUACAUAUCAUAUCCCAGUUUAGAUUCGCCGAAUUUUACAAAAUAUUCAGAGCGGUCAAAUUAAGUUCCAAGUGCAAGUUUAUAAAAGAUGCCGAUGGUUGUUUCUCAAUACAGUUGAUUUGCAAGAAUCAUCAGCAAAGUGGAUAUCCAGGGACGCUAUUGACUAUUAAUAUGACUGAAUUGGACCAUGACGAGCAUCUAAUUGAAUGGAUUUUGCAGGAUGAAAUGGAUCAGAUUGAUAAUAACAAAGAGCAAAGCCUACCAGACAUUCUACCUUUGACAAAUAUACCUAGAUUAGAUCGCCAUGAACCAUUUAUAAAUACCUUUAAAAGGACAAGUCAAACAGUACACAACAACAACAACAACAACAACUAUGAAACAAGAAAUGGAAGCAAGAGAAGUCGUCAAGAAACUGGGUCCAAGAGAAAGGGACAAUCAAAUAACGUACCUUUAUUUUUGUAA